AUGGAUCCUUCUGCUCCCACUGCUGCUGCUGUCCCUGUCCCAGCCCUGGCCCUAAGCGUAGCUCCAGCUCUAGCACAGGCUCCCCUGGCACUCCCUGGCUUGUUAAGCCCAUCACCCCUUCCUUUCCCUGGACAAGAAGUAGAUGAGAGUAAAAGAAGGGCUUGUCUUUGGAGACCCUGGCUGUGCUCUACAAAUGAUCCCCCAAGGCAGGUGAGGAAACUUGUGGAUUUGGCCACUGGUGGGGCAACAAGUGCUGAGGUCACCAAAGCUGACUCCAAGUUCCAUCACCCUGUCAGGCUCUUCUGGCCUAAAUCCCGCUCCUUCGAUUACCUGUACAGUUAUGGGGAGAUUUUACUGCAGAACUUUCCUGUCCAGGCAACCAUCAAUCUGUAUGAAGACUCAGACAGUGAAGAGGAGGAGGAGGAGGAUGAAGAAGAGGAGGAGGACUAA